UCCACCUUUACAGUUGAAGCCCCUCCUGCUGUAUAAGAAUGAAAGAGUCAUCAGACACAGAGAUAAGACUGUGGAGGGACGUUUGAUCUGAGGUUGCACAGUAAGAAGAUGAUGGACACCUGUUGGGCUUCCAUGCUCUGCCUGCUCUCUUUUAUUUCAGCUUCUAUGUUGGUAAAUGGUGGCUCUUUUCAGAGUCUUCAUAACUACCAUGAAAUAGAGCUCUCCUGGCCUUGUCCUCACACUCCUGCUCACACACACACCGCUCUGUCAGUUCACUCUCUGAGGCCUGCAGACAUCACUGUGCUUUCUGCUGUCGGCCUUCCACACACACCCAGGAGUGUAGAGUCUGAGGUCAUGAAGCAGCUGCAUGAACUGAUGUCCUUAUUCAGUCCAGAAUUGGUCAGUUUGCCAAAUGAAGGAAACUCUGAACAGUACAGAAGUCUGGUGGUUCAGGCAGAAGAGGCAGGUUUCCUCCUGAAUGCUCGUCAGCCCACCCACGCUGAGAGAGACUGGAAGCUGGUGCUUCUGUUUGUGCCCUUGGAAAGGAAGUGUUUGUGCGCAGAGCAGGUCAGUGUUUUAGUGGAGGAAGUGGACACAGCUCUGCAGGUGUUGCACUCGCAGUUGGAGAAUGCCAUAAUCAGUGUUGUGCUUAUAGACACUCAGUCUAACAGCGAAUAUCCCCAACAAAGCAGAACAUGUCCUUGCCCACCAGUACAAUCCUCUGGAGAGCUUCGGUUGACUACAGCGAUUUAUUCCCACGUUCUGUUGGAGUCUUUAGAGCAGCACCUAGUGGAGAAAGAGUGGUACAACAAGAGAGAUGACUUCACUGUCCAGCUGCAGAGAGUUCCUCUCUCUGACCUCAUCCUCAGCUCAGAUGGUGGAGUUUCUGAAGAGAAGCUGGAAUCUGACCACACAUAUAAACUGGUUUUGCAGCUCUGGGAGAACCUGCUCCAGCCAGACAGUAAACAGAAAGAUCUGAAAAUUCAAUGCCCAAGUGAGGAUCACCCUUUUCUCAGAACAGAGAAGAAUUCCCCAUUGGAAAGCAGGCCAGGAUCCAGAGCAGCUAUUGAUGCUGUUACGGGGACUGAGCUGCCAUGUAAAGACUUGAAUCCCUCAAACAGUCCACCAACAUCAGUUCAUGCGUUGAGGCCAGCUGAUAUACGAGUGGUGGCUGCACUUGGGGAUUCUAUAACGGCAGGAAAUGGUGUUGGGUCAACACCACUCAACAUGCUGGAUGUCUUGGUGCAGUACAGAGGCCUGUCCUGGAGUGUUGGAGGAGACCACAACCUCUCUACAGUCACCACACUUCCCAAUAUCUUGCGUGAGUUUAACCCUGAGUUGAUCGGCUUCUCUGUGGGAGAAGGUAAACAGGACACACCACAGUCCUUCCUUAAUCAAGCUGUACCAGGGGCCACCAGUGUUGACAUGCUGAAGCAAGCUCAGACUUUGGUGAACAGGAUGAAGAAUGACUCGCGCAUAAACUUCUACUCUGACUGGAAGGUGAUCACCCUGUUCAUUGGAGGCAAUGACCUAUGUAACUCCUGCCACAACAGUCUUUAUCAUUCUGCUGAGAACUUUGUGAAGCGUGUUCAGGAGGCGCUGGACUACCUGCACAAAGAGGUUCCUCGGGUUAUAGUUAAUCUGGUAGAGCCUCUGCAUAUCAUCCCACUGAGAGGAAUGCACCAAGGCUCCGCUCCCAGCUGCCCCUCAUGGCUGGUGCGAAUCCUCUGCCCCUGCACUCUUUUACCAAAAGAAGGAUCAAAAGCCCUGCAGAAUCUGGAUGAUCUGAACAGAGCCUAUCAGAGGGGUCUUAUGGAUCUUGUGGAGUCUGGACGUUAUGACACACACUCUAACUUCACUGUAGUGUUGCAGCCUUUACUGAGGGAUAUAACACUGCCAGUUACGAAUGGACUCCCUGACCCCUCAUUUUUUACUCCAGAUUGUUUCCACCUCAGUCAGAAAUCUCACACUAUGAUGGCCCGUGGACUGUGGAACAACAUGCUGGAGCCGCUGGGUAAUAAAACCCACUCUGCAGAUUUCACUGCAGGUCUUUUUGUUAAAUGCCCAUCAGAGACUUCCCCCUUCAUUCAGACCUAUGAGAACAGCAAUUACACUUAUAAAGGCCCCGUACCAACACAGCCUCCUGUUUCAAACUGGGGUAGUGACUUCUCCUGCACAGACACUGCACCAUCCGUCAGUGUGCCAACUUCUGUUCACAGGCUGCGUCCAGCUGAUAUUAGUGUGAUUGCAGCACUGGGGGACUCAUUAACUACGGGCCUUGCAGUGAAGUCACAGAAUUAUAUUCAGCUCAGCACAGAAUACAAGGGAGUAUCCUGGAGCAUCGGAGGUGAUGCUGCGUUGGAAACAACAACUACACUGCCCAACAUCCUGAAGAAGUUCAACCCAUCUCUUCAGGGCUUCUCUACAGGACAGGGUCUAUUUGCAAAGAAAGGCUUUAACAUGGCUGUGUCUGGAGCCAAAGCUUCUGAUCUCCCGGCUCAGGUCAACACACUUAUUCAGACCCUGACCUCCAGUCAGGUUGUGGAUUUUGAAAUGGACUGGAAGCUGAUCACUCUGUUGAUAGGGAGCAGUGACUUGUGUCAUUAUUGUGCAGACCAGAAAAACCUGUCACCUCAAAACUACAGUCAGCAUCUGAUGGAGGCUCUGGAUCUGCUCUAUAAAGAGGUUCCUCGAGUGCUGGUGAACGUUGUUGCAGUUCCAGAGAUGGAUGGAUUAAGGAGGAUCAAGAAGAGCUCAUUGCCUUGCAGGUUUAUUCCAAGUGAGAAGUGUCCAUGCCUAAUGCUUCCAGACGACAACUCUGUGGAGCUGACAGAGCUAAAGCUCAUUCAUCUGCAGUAUCAGACUGUAACAGAGCAGCUGAUAUCUGGAGGUCGAUAUGAUGGCCGUGAAGAUUUUGCAGUUGUCCUUCAGCCUUAUCUUCAAAACACAAUCAUUCCUCUAUCUUCAGAUGGAGAUCCUGACCUGAGUUAUUUUACAGUAGACUGCCUUCACUUAAGUGAAAGAGCACAUGCUGAGAUGGCCGUUGCCCUCUGGAAUAACAUGUUGGAGCCGGUAGGGAUGAAGCAGGUUUUCAAUAACUUCACUCACGACCGCACCAAGAUCCACUGCCCUUCAGAGACUCAACCGUUCAUUUACACCAAAGUGAACAGUGUCCCUGAAUUCAGCACCACUCCAAUCCCUGAUACCACCACUCCGCACACCCCUCUACCAGCACAAUGCCCUUCCUCAGUGCCAGUCUGGGUGCCCGUUGUGCUUGGGGUCAUUGGUUUACUUCUGGGCUGGGGGAUCACAUGGCUUUUCCUGUGGAGGCGGAUGAAGAAGAUGAACACUGCAAUGAAGCCUCAAGAAAGAAAAGCAGAUCUGAAGGGAACCAGCCUUUAACACUCAGCUUUAAGCAUUUCACAGAAACACAACAACCCGAAUUAUGCAAAACAGCAAACGAGUGACUCCCCUGAACUCAGGUCUCUUGAGUUCAAUCGUUGGGCAUUACUUAUCUGCAGUCUGAAAAUUAUUAUCCUGCAAUCAUAAAGGUGAAAUUUAUAGCCUUAAUACAUAAUGUAUAAAACCUUUGUACAGUGUAAUUUUCGUAUAUAACUGAUAAAGAUAUGUUUUUAUUUUAUUUUAUUUUAUUUAUAAAUGUGGUCUUGAAUGUUUAAUUUCAAAUAAAGACAAUCUCGUAAAGACAAAAGAUUUGGAGUAACUAAACAUAUUGUUCAUAAUUAAUGUUUCUUUGUAUUUACUCUUUUUUAUAUCCUGAACUCAGGAUUAACCCCAAUUGAUUAUGCAAUCAUAUGUUAUAUAAUAAUGCAUCAUUUCAAAAAUACAAAUGAUCUUGUUUAUUCAUGCUAAACUUUCAUUUGUGGAUUGAGAAUACUUAUUCCAGUGUUUGUAUGGGUAUCCUGAGAUCAUAUGUGACCUAAAACAUGCUUUAUUCAUAAUAAUAAUGAAGUGUAUAUUUAACAUACAUUCAACACAAACUAUUAAAGAGAUUUAUAGUG